AUGGGGCAGGAAAAUACCUUGUUUGAUGACGUAAUGCAGGGCAGGUGGGAGAGAGUGGUGACAGCAUAUGCAGAUCCUGAAACCCAGAAGUCCAGGAUCACCACAUCAGAAGACACAGCCUUGCACAUUGCCGUUUUGAACGGGCAAACCGAGAUCGUGAGGCAGCUAGUGAAGCAGAUACACGACGAACACGCUGCAGCAGUUCUGAUGUUGCAGAAUGUGAGGGGAUCCACGGCUAUCCACCUGGCAGCAGCAGUUGGCGACGCUGACAUGUGUGGAUGCGUGGCUUACAAGGCUCCCGCUGAGGUCAUCGGGACCAGCAACGGAGAAGGUGAAACCCCUCUUUUCCUGGCAGCCAUGUCUGGCAAGACAUGGAAUUUCUUCCUUCUCCUGGACAGACUUGACGAGGAGAAAGCGGACGAGAUUUGUCACAGAAGGUCUUGCAAAGGUGACACCAUUCUUCAUGCUGCCAUCUCCGGUGAACACUUUGAGUUGGCAUAUCAUAUAAUACAGAAGUGGCCAGACCUUGUGAACACAAGAAGGGAAGAUGGAGCUUCUCCUCUACAUAUUCUUGCUGUAAAGCCCAGUGCAUUUAGAAGCAGUUCUCACUUUAGCCUGUUUGAUCGUAUCAUCUACUCCUGCGCGAAUAUUGAUGACCUAGACCAAACAAGCGGUUCAUCAGGAUUGAUAGAUAUAGGCAGGGGUCAUAAUUACCCAGAAAAUUAUGAAACAUGCAUGACCUUCUUCCAUUGGAUGAAGAAGCUAUCAAUCUCCUGUCUUGUUCGUCCAAUCCAUAAAUGUGUGAGCCAGGAAAGCAACGUCGAUGAUCCUGAAAGCUUCAGAAAGGAAACAAUUCAAGGUGCUGGGUUUGGAAGAAGAGUAAAUCUCAAAGAAGUUUUCCCACCAAAUUAUGCAACAAUAAUCGAUUUUUUCAAGCUCGUGUUAAUGACACUGCUUCUUAUUCUUGGCUUCGGACAUGCAAGAGUCACUAAGAUCAAAAGAAUGAAAUCGGCACACACAUGGGCGAAUGUUGUCUUGAAAACAUUGGUUGACAGCGCUUCACUAUAUAGGUACGAGAACAAUGGUCGAAAACCCACCAAUGGAGACACAGACCCAGCGCAAAUCCCAGAAUUCCCAACUGAAGAUCAGCAUUCUCAGAAUUCUGUGAUCAACACCAGUGAGCCUGAAACUGGAGAGAAAGCCAUACUAGUUGCAACGCAUAUGGGAAUAACUGACAUGGUGGACAAGUUUAUGAAGGCAUCCCCAGCCGUAAAUCGAGAGUUAGACAUGGAGAAUGAAAAUCUUGUCCUUGUGUCAUACAAGAAGGAAAAUCUACCUCAUCUUGGAUCAGUGAGCAAGGAAACCCCAAUACUGAUAGCAGCAAAGAUGGGAGUCAAAGAAGUAGUGCAGAAAAUACUGGAAACAUUUCCUAUUGCUAUUCAUGAUCAGGACAUUGAUAAUAAGAAUGUUGUGCUCUUGGCUGUAGAGAACAAACAUGUCCAAGUCUUUAAAUUGCUUAAGGAGAAGGUUAUACUGAAGGAGAGUGUGUUUGGCCAAGUAGACAAAGAUGGGAACAGCGCAUUGCACCUAGCUGCAACUUUUGGAGAUUCUCGACCUUGGCUUAUACCAGGAGCUGGCCUGCAAAUGCAGUGGGAACUCAAGUGGUACAAGUUCGUUAAGCAGUCAAUGCCACCCAACUUCUUUCGCCAAUACAACAAGAGAAAUCACACCCCGAAGCAGAUCUUAUUGGAAACCCACAAACAACUUGCAAAAAGUGGUAGUGAAUGGCUCACCAAAACAAGCGAGUCAUGCUCAGUUGUUGCUGCACUUGUAGCAACAGUUGCAUUUGCAGGAUCAUCAACCGUCCCUGGAGGCAACAAAGAAGAUACCGGUACCCCUGUUCUUGAACAGGAGCCAGCUUUUAAUGUCUUUGCCAUCACAUCGUUGGUUGCCCUCUGCUUAUCCGUAACAUCGCUUGUAACUUUUCUUACCAUCCUCACUUCCCGCUUUGACCACAAAGAUUUCGCCAAGUCACUUCCUCGGAAGCUAAUUUGGGGUUUAACAUCACUCUUCCUUUCCAUAGCUUCCAUGCUGGUCUCCUUUUGUGCAGCCCAUUUCUUUGUUCUGAAAGACAGCCUGAGAAUGUUUUCAUAUCCAGUGUACGCUGCAACUUGCUUGCCAGUGACCAUUUUCCUUCUUUCAACCUUCUCCCUCUACUAUGAUCUCAUUUGUGCGAUAUACUCAAAGGAGCCACAACACAGUUUAAAGGAGUUUCAUCCCUAG